AUGGCUGGAUAUACCAACAUAGGCUGCUUAUCACUCUCGCGGGCCGCCAAGGAAACCGACAAAGAGGAGAAAUUUACCAACUGCGCGCGGGACCUGCAUUGUUGCGCAGGUGAUGAGUUCAAGAUUAGGCAGCCUGUAUGGCUCUCUCUUUUCUAUGGAAAUGCGCAGCUUCCAACACUCAUGUCGAUUUGUUUAGCCUUUGAAUCUUCCUCCAAUCCCGCUGGGAUACUGGGCUGGACUAAGGGUCCACAGUGGGAAGCUGCGGGGUCGCUGGCCGCCGGAUCGGCAGCGUUCCCGUCGUCCUCCCGCAAUCCAGUGCAGCUACCUUCCCAGGUCUCCCCAAGUCUGUCCAUGAAUACUCAAACCCCGCGAUAA